AUGCCAUAUCCCGAGACCUUCACCGGGUUCCAGGUGAAUGGACCGGAGACCUGGACCGAGUUCCACAAGAACGAGUUCCAACCGAAGCCAUUUGGCGAUUACGAUGUGGAUAUCAAGAUUGAGGCUUGUGGUGUGUGCGGGAGUGAUGUCCAUACCAUCAGUGGCGGCUGGGGAGAGCAGCAUUUCCCUCUUGCAGUUGGUCACGAAAUAAUAGGCACCGCUAUCCGCGUGGGAUCAAAGGUGUCUCUUAUUAAAGAAGGCCAGCGCGUCGGUGUCGGAGCUCAAAGUUAUUCUUGCCUCGACUGCCGACAAUGCAAAAACGACAACGAAACUUACUGCCAAAAACAGCUGGACACGUACGGCGCCAAAUGGCCCGACACAGGCAUCGUCUCCCAAGGUGGCUACUCCAGCCAUGUGAGAACACACGAGCACUGGGUCUUCCCCAUCCCCGACGCUCUCCCCUCUACCGUUGCUGCCCCUAUGCUCUGCGCCGGCUUGACCGCCUACUCCCCCCUCGUCCGUAAUGGCUGCGGCCCCGGCAAGAAAGUAGGCAUCGUCGGGCUCGGCGGCAUCGGCCAUCUGGGUCUCCUGUUCGCCAAGGCCCUCGGCGCCGAAGUCUGGGCCAUCUCCCGCACGCACAGCAAGGAAGCUGAUGCCAAAGCCAUGGGCGCUGACGGGUUUCUGGCCACGUCAGACAGGGACUGGAACGUGCCUCACAAGAUGACCUUCGAUCUCAUCAUCAACACGGCGAACUCGUUUGAAGGGUUUGAUCUGGACGCGUAUCUGAGUUUGUUGGAUGUUCACGCCAAAUGGGUCAGUGUCGGUUUGCCAGAGGAUGACGGAAUCAAGGUCCGGAACCAGACAUUUUUGACCAACGGGUGUUUCUUUGGAAGCUCGCACUUGGGGAGCAGGAAGGAGGUGUUGACUAUGCUGCAGCUGGCGGCUGACAAGGGGAUCAAGACCUGGGUGCAGGAGGUCCAAAUCAGCAAAGAGAAUCUCGCCGAGACGCUAACAAAGCUGCACAACAAUGAUGUACGGUAUCGGUAUUGCCUGACUGGCUACGAGGAGCAGUUCGGGGCCUGA